UAAAAUUACAAAAUUGGGAAAAGGUAAUAGUAGAAUCUUUAGAUGAAAAUUUUCUCUCAGAAGACAAAACCAAAGAAAAAUUAAAUCAAAUCAGAAUUGAUAGAAUCAAUUCAUUACAAAACCCAGUUCAACCUAAAUCUAAAAUACCAAAAAGACCAAGAACACCUGAAGAUCCUAUAUUAAGAAAACCUAAUAAAGCAGAAAAAGAAAGAAAUAUUAAUGGUACUCCUGAAUCACAAAUAUUAAAUAUCAUCAGUCAAUAUAGAAAGACGUUAGAUAAUGAUAGUCUAAAGAAAUUUCCAAGAUUAAAAAUUAAACCAGUAUCUGAUAUAAUCAAAAAGAGUUACGAUAAUAGUAAAAACAAAAAAUCUUUAUUGGAUGUAUUAUAUUACAUGUGGGUUCUUGGAAAAGAUGAAAAAUUUCUUUUAGAAAAUAAAUAUACAAAAAGAAGAAUUGAAGAAACUGAAACACUAACAAAAGAAUUAAUUAACUAUCUAUAUGAAGAACAACCAAGAAAAAAAACACAUAUUUCAACAUAUAGACUUAAAAAAGAUAAAAUGUAUAAACCAUUAAAAACAUAUCCUUUAGUAUAUAGAAAAAAAGGAUAUAGUCCAUUUAAUCCACUUUGGAUGCAAGAAGAACAACUCGAUGAAAUUCGAAAUAUAGAAUUAAUAAUUGGUGAAUAUAAAGAAUCAUUAUUCGAUAAACUCAGUAUAACUCAAAAAAAUAUCGAUACUAUUCAGAGUACAUUAUCUGAAAUGAUGGGAUAUUAUAAAAAUGAAAAUGAAAAAAGAGAUUUUUUAAAUUUAAUAGUUAAAGUAUUAGUAAACGGAAAUAUUGAUGUUGAUGAAAUAGAAGAUGAAUCUAUUAGAAACAUACCACGUAGAGAAACAAAAAAAAAUAAAUCUUGA